AUGAAAGCCCUCUAUUGGAAUAUUAGAGGGAUAAAGAAGGCUGCCGCAAGGUUAGCUUUGAGGAAUAUUUUAAGGGACAAAAGACCUGAUUUCCUUUGCAUUGCCGAACCUAUGAUUCCCUCUGACGCCUUUCCUACGUUGUUCUUCAACAAGCUGGGUUUUGACCCUGAUUUCAUCCAUAACGAGCGUCUAGGCGGAGUCUCAAAUCUAUGGCUGAUUUGGCGAAGAGGUGUAGCAAAGCCUGUUGUGCUAACGUCUUCUGAGCAGCAAAUCUCUGUCUCUGUGCAAUGGGCUCAGGAAAUUUUCAUCUUAUCUAUAGUGCAUGCCAAAUGCCUAAGAGCUGCUAGAAGAGAAUUGUGGACCGACUUGGGAAGGAAAUUCACAUGGACUAAUAACAGGAGAAGGGGACAUGUCUCUGCUGUGCUCGAUCGAAGCUUUUGCAAUGAGGCCUGGAUUUCUUAUUUUCAAGAAUGUCACCAACUUGUCUUGCAGAGAGUGGCGUCUGACCAUACUCCCAUUUUGGUGGUGUCUGAAGGCUCUGAAAGACCAAAAAACUGUCCUUUUCGCUUCCAGAGGUUCUGGGCAGACCAUGAGGGUUAUCUAAAUGCAGUUAAGUCCUCCUGGGUGAAUGACAUUCCUGGAUCGCCAAUGAUGGUUAUGGCUCAAAAAUUAAAAAGAUUGAAGGUCUUCCUGCGCUCCUGGGCAAAAGAAAAUUUUCCAAAUUUUAAUUUGGAGAUGAUGGAAGCAAAAAAAUGCAUGGAGGAGAUCCAGACUGAAAUUGACAGAGAUGGGAUAAAUGACUCAAUUUAUGCCAAAGAAGCUGAUGCAAAGACCAGAUAUCUGAAGGCCCUGCAAAAUUAUGAGAAAUUAUGGGCUGAAAAAUCUCGUUCUAGAUGGAGGAAUCAAGGAGAUAGAUGCUCAAGAUUUUUUCGCAUCUCAGUGAAGAUUCGGCGAAUGAAGAACUCCAUUAAAUCUCUGAAGAUGGUUGAUGGGACCCUGAUCUCUGAUAGAGAGCAGAUCAAGGAAUAUGUUGCGGGUUAUUAUGAGCAUUUUCACAAAGGUACUCCCCUUACCAAUCACAUGGAUUUAUUGCAAUGCAUUCCUAAUGUAUUGGAAGAAUGGGAUAGAGGUCGAUUAGAUGGUAUUCCCUCUGACUCUGAGAUUAAGAAUGCAGUGUGGGAUCUUGAUCCAGAUAGUGCUCCUGGUCCAGAUGGAUUUCCUGGAGCUUUUUAUAAAUCAUGUUGGGACAUCAUAUCUUCAGAUUUGUGCAAUGCUAUCAGAUGGUUUUUCAGAACUGGGUUCAUGCCUUACGGCAUUAAUAAUAAUUUCCUGAUCCUUGUUUCUGCCAGAAUCUCAGUUCUGUUAAAUGGUGGCCCUGUUGGAUACUUUGGUGUGGAGAAGGGUCUGAGACAAGGAGAUCCAAUCUCGCCUAUGCUGUUUAUCAUUGCUGAAGAGGUUCUUUGUAGAGGCUUAUCUGAGCUCCUAGCCAAUAACAACAUUAAAGCUCUAUCGGGUCCUCGUGGGGCGAUUAUCCCUACACAUAUUCUUUUUGCUGAUGAUGUUUUUAUCUUUUCUAAUGCUUCCAUCAGGAAGCAAGCCAUUGCAGAAGAGCUUGGUAUCUCCAUUUGUAACUUCCCCACCCGCUAUUUGGGGGUCGAGAUCUUUAAGGGAAGGGUGAAUAAGGAGUCGCUAAUCCCCAUUCUGGAUAAAGUCAAAGGGCGUCUUGCAGGAUGGAAAGGGAAGAUUUUGUCCAUGGCUGGAAGAGUGGAAUUGGUCCGCUCAGUGAUCUUGGGAAUGAUGAACCAUAGUUCAGCUGAAGCUUGGUAUUCCGAUUCAGCGAUCUCCACCAAAAUCAAUCUUAGAGGUUUUUUGGUGCAGACCCGAGGCAAAUUGGAUUAA